GAGAGUCACAAUGAGAUUUAGUGGAAUGGAUAUGAAGGGUAUAAAUAUGCUAUUUGCUGCUAUUCCAUCUAUUUGUGCAUCAAGUCCGAAGAAGAUCUCAAUCUAUAAUGAAGAAAUGAUAGUAGCUCGUUGUUUUAUAGGCUUUCUCAUAUUAAGUCGGAAGAGUUUAGGUAAGACUUUCAAAGAAACUCUCGACGGGAGAAUCGAGUCUAUUCAGGAAUCAUUGCAGCAAUUCUUCAAUCCUAACGAAGUCAUUCUGGAGGAAUCCAAUGAACAACAACGAUUACUUAAUCUACGGAUCAGCUUGCGAAUUUGCAGCACCGUAAAAGUAGUAGAAUCAUUACCAGCGGCACGCUGUGCGCCUAAGUGCGAAAAGACAGUGCAAGCUUUGUUAUGCCGAAACCUAAAUGUCAAGUCAGCAACACUUCUAAAUGCCACUUCUUCCCGUCGCAUCCGUCUUCAGGACGAUAUAGUCACAGGUUUUCACUUUUCAGUGAGUGAAAGAUUAGUAUCCGGGUCUACAACUUUGGUAGAAGCUUCUACCGUAGAACAAAUUCGAGAGGCCUUCUUAUUAGAACCCAGAGACCUAAUUCGAGAAGGCUUUAUAGUCCUCAGAAAGGUGAGGGUGGGGGGUAUCCCCGGGACCUGUGGAGACGGGGUGGGCCUGUAGCUCUGAGGAUUAGAGCACGUGGCUAC